AUGGCCGCCCCGCGCACCCUGCUGCUCCUCGGCCUGCUCCUCGCCGCGCCGCAGGGGCACGGCCGGCGGCUGCCCCCUCCCCAGAGCCCCCUGGAGAAGGUGGCGGUCGCGGAGCACCUCAGCCUCCCCCAGCUGGCAGGGCGGUGGUUCCUGGUCGGCGUGGCCUCCCACUGCGGCUACCUGGCAGAGCACAGCCACCAGCUGGAGGCCACGGUGGUGACAGUGGCUGUCCCGGACGGGCAGAGCCUGACUGUCAGCACCUUCAAGAAGCUGGAUGGGAUGUGCUGGGAGAUCAGGCAGCGCUACCUCCCUGCUGGGCCGCGUGGACGCUUCUUCCUGAAGGGCCGUGGCUACGGCAGCAAGGUGGACGUGGUGGUGGCAGAGACAGACCACAGCAGCUAUGCCAUCCUCUAUUACCAGAAGGGCCGGAGCAUCUCCGUCAAGCUGUAUGGACGGAGCAGCAAGGUCAGCGAUGCCAUUGCGGACAAGUUCGAGCAGCGCGCCAGGGCUGUGGGCCUGAGUGAAGACGUGACCUACUACUUCCCCACGUACGGGUUUUGUGACUCCGCAGACGAGUUCCACAUUCUCAACGAAAUGAAGCUCUAGAUGGAGGCAGAGUUGCCAGGACAUGCCCUGAACUGAUCCCUCACCUCAUCCAGCUGCCUACAGACACAGGGACGGGCAGGGACGAGCUGGGGCUUGGCCAGACCUCGCUGCUGUACAGCA